AUGUCUUUCAAUGUUAAAUUAUUUUAUCUUGUAUUUUUUUUAUUAUAUCAAUUAGGUAAUGGACAAGGUAAUGGUUAUUUUACUACUAAUGAUUAUUUACAAUCACAAGAUUUAUUUGAUGAAGAAAAUGGUAUUAUUGGAGUUCCUGAUAUUAAAUGUAAUGCUGAGACAAUUGAAAUGAGAUUUAAAACUAAAAAUAAAUUUAUGGGAAAAGUUUAUGUUAGAGGACAUUAUAAUAAUCCUGAAUGUAAAGUUGAUUAUGCUCAAGCAAGUUUAGAAGGUUUACCAAUUGAUGGUAUUAAAUUACAUCAUGGAAGUUGUGAUAUGGAUCGUCAACGUGUUCUUAAACCUGGUGGAAUGCAAUUUUCUACAGUUUUGGUAAUUUCUUUUCAUCCAUUAUUUAUUACUAAAACUGAUCGUGCUUUUAAUAUUAAUUGUUUGUAUAGAGAAAGUGAAACAAAAGUUCAAAGUGAACUUGAAGUUAGUCAAUUACAGACAGAAAGUAUUGCUCAUGAUAUGCCAUUACCAACAUGUACUUAUACGAUUAGAAAAGAUUUGUUAGAUGGGCCUAUUUUGAAGUAUGCUAAAGUUGGAGAUCAAGUAGUUCAUCGAUGGGAGUGUGAUUCUGAUAUGUAUGGUAUGUUAGUUCAUUCAUGUUAUGUUGAAGAUGGUCAGGGAGAAAAACAAAUGGUUAUUGAUAAUAAAGGUUGCCAUACAGAUAGAUUACUUCUUGGUGAUCCAACAUAUGUUGAAGCAUUAAAUAUGGCAUACAGAGAAGGGUAUGUUUUUAAGUUUGCUGAUCGUGUUGCUGUUCGUUUUCAAUGUGAAAUAAAACUUUGUGCAAAAGAAGGAGGUGGUUGUAAUGGUAUUACUCCUCCUGCAUGUUCAUCAUCAAUUAAUGGUAAUUCAAUAACAGGUGGAAUGACAAAUAAUAAUAUACCUAAAGGUACAACAACUAUUAGCACUAAUAUGUAUAAUGCUCCUAAUAGACCAUGGAAUAAAAAAAUAUCAAAAAGAAGUACAAAGAAUGAUAAUAUAACAAUUGAUAUUAACAAAUCAAAAUUACUAGAUACUGAUUUAUUUUCACAGUAUGUUUAUGUAUUAGAUGAUGAAAAUACUGGAAAUAAAGAAGUAUUAGAUUUGGAUAAUAAAAGUAAUUCACUUCCUUUAAAUAAUAAUAAUCCUGUCAUUAGUGUUAAAGCUAAAGUUUGCAUGUCAAUGGAAACAUUAAAAAUUCUUAUCUUAUUCUUUGUUAUUCUUGCAUUUAUUGCUACAUAUUUUAUUGUUCUUACAAUAUGUAAAAAAAGGCAACAAGCUAAAAAUAAAGAAAGUACUAUUAAUAAUUGGAAUAAUACAAUUGGAAAUAUCAAGACAUAUUCAAAAAAUGGUGUUCAAACACCUGUUGUUUAUGGUUAA